UUGUUCCAACCUCCCCAGGCCCUCCAACAUAAAACAGAAAUUUCUCCUUCCCAACAACAUGGACAGACAACUCAAGUGGGCUGAGAUCUUGGAGGACUAUGAGGCCCGGGAGUCGUGGCGCCAGUCGACCACGUGGGGAGACAUUAUGGAUAAAGUGGACCCUUUCGCAGGACAAAGUUAUGAGAAUUGCUCCCCAAAGAGGAGCAUUGGGGAGUUGAAGCACUUCAGCGGAGUGAAGCGUCUCCAGGAGAAGCACCUUGUGAAGGAGAAAUGCACCAUGGAAAAGGAGCACCUCAUUGAGGUGCAGCGCCUUGUCAGGGUGAAGUGCCACACAGAGGAGAAGUGCCUCAGAGACAAUCUACUCAAGAACCACCUCAUUGAAAAGCACCUCAUUGAAGUGAAGUGCUUCAGGGAUGAGAAGCGUUUUCGCAAGUUGAAGUGUCUCGAGGAGAAGCAUCGGGAGGAGGAGAAGCAUCUUGCCAGGGUGAAGUACCUUGGAGAGGUAAAGCGUCUCCAGGAGGAGAAGUGUCUCAAGGAGGUGGAGCGCAUCACUGAAGAGAAGCGCCUCAUUGAAGUGAAGCGCCUCGCCAGGGUGAAACACCUCACACAGCAGAAGUGCCUCAGAGACAAUCUCCUCAAUAAUGUGAAACGCCUCAUGGAAAAGCGCCUCAUUGAGGAGACCAAUGAGAAGCGUCUGGAGAAGAAGCGUUUCACCAGGGUAAAUUACCUCACCGAGGUGAAGCGCUUUGCCAACAUGAAGCGGGUCGAGGAAGAGAAGCGCCUCAUGGAGAAGACGCGCCUUGUUGAGGUGAAACUUCAAGAGGAGGAGCGCUUCAUGGAGGAAAAGCACAUUGUAGAGGAAAAGCAUCUUGUGGAGGAGCAGUGCCUCGCCAAGAUGAAGCAACAGUGGCUCCGGACAGCUACCACCAGCAGCACUACCAGCAGCACCGCCAGCAGCCCCACCACCACCGCCGCCACUCUUGUGCAGGGCCCGAUUGCUCCGAGCUUUGGAGAAAAGGGCUUCCAAGAAGAGAAUGCAAACUCUGGGGCCGCUGAGCCACGAUUUGAACCAGCGCAGCCCUCCUCCUCACUCAUCCAGGCCUUUGAAGCAAAGACAGAGGUUAUGGUGGAGACAAAGGAAGAGGUGAAGGAGGAGGUGAAGGAAGAGAUGAUGGAGGAGGAGGUAGAUGCAGAGAAAUCGGAGGAAGAGAAGACAAAGGAGGACGAGAUUGUGAUGGAGACAAGGGAGGAGAACACGGAGGGAGAGGAUAAAGAUAUUAUGGAGGUGGAGGACCAGGACAAAACAAAAGAUGAACAGAUGGUCGUGGUGGGGGACAUGGAGGAGAUGGACAAAGGGGAAACAAUGGUGGUGGAGGAGGAAGAGAAGACGGUGGUGGAGGAGAUGGUGCUGCAGGAAGGUGAGGAGAUGAUGAAGGAAGAGAUGGUGGUCGGGAAGGGGGAGAAGAUGGAGAAGAAGACAAAUGUGGAGCAGGAAGAGAAGGUAGAGGAGAAGAUGGUGGUGGAGGAUGAAGAGAAGGAGGAGGAUGAGACAGAGGAGGAGAAGAUGGAGGAGGUGCAGGAGGUGGUGAUGCACGAAAAGAAGAGGAAGCGAGGAGGCUUCGUUCACAUGGCGAGAGCAAUCACCUCACUCCUCCGCCGCGUGCUGCUUUGUGGCGGCAGGUCCACCGCCCAGUAGGGGUGGUCGUGGAUUGGUGCAAACCAUGACCGCUAUCACCACACUACCUAUCCACCCCAUGAUACACGCCACACACACACCACACGGUUCCCCAGAGAGAGGGUGCCACUGGGACCACAGCUGGGGAAUGAAGCUGAGCAGCAGAUGCCAGGACUACAGGAGAGAAUGACUGCUACCAGGACACCUCACAUCACACACACACACGGGACUAUCCCAAUAGCAUAGCCAGCCCCACACUGGGCCCCUUCCAUGCUGGUUUUCAUCCAGGCAGUCCUCAUGGGAUGACCUUGCCAUGGUUUCCAGGACAUGGAAGGGGCAGCUGACCCAGGGUGAGAGAGCUGGAGGGGUCAGGUGCAGACAAUGAACAAAACCUGCACGUGCCAAGUUUCAAGGCCACCCUGUUAAGAAUUAGGAUACAUACUAUUGUUGUUACCAUAAACUUUGUGAAAUCAACCUUUGAGGACACAGCAUAACGUUGCAUUACUUGUGAGUGCUUCCUGGGUUGGGUAAAUGUGCCUUGGCUUGUGCGUGCGGUGUCCCGGCUGUGUGUGUGGCGGUACAAGGACACAUAAUGAGACGUUUUGGGAAAUGGUCCUUCUUCAGAGCACAUACAAGCGGUGGUGGGAAAACAUUCAGGUGAUUUGCCUUCUUAACGACAAAUCCGCCCC